CAUUAAAACUCGAGAAGCAACGUUUGAUCAAGUCUCCCAUCAUCAGAUUAAAAUCCCGUGCAGGGUUAAUCUGCACGUUGCCUCCUGAGAGGAUGAGCAGUGACACAUGAUGACUUUAGUGCAUUGAAAGGGUUGCGCACAAGACAGCCCGCGAUGUGCGUUGAGCUCCGCAGAGUCCCGUGAGCGGCGGGACACCGGGAGUCAAAAACUGAUCAACACGGAUCUUUCCCUCCGCCGCGCGCUCGCUUCGCUUGCAUCCAGCGUCCCCCCGCCCCCACCAAAAGUCUCUCCGGGCUCGUUACGCACAGCCCAUGAGCGGAACUUGACUCGCGCUCCGCGUUUUCGCCGACGCGCGCGGACCACAAUACAACUUCCCACUCCCACAGGUGUGAUGGUGUCGAGCCAGCGAACUGAAGGGAUGAGUGAGCCGGUCCGCUCCGCGUUCUGCUGAAGGAAAAAGUCCAACCGGCACGGACGAUGGAAAGUACUUGCCUGCAACCGCGAGCCGCGCUGCGUGCCAAAAUGAGCUUUAAACGGCAAAGCUGGAUGAUCCUAUUGUUGGUGUUUGCAACUAUAUCAGCGGUACUCACACAAGAUCUGAACAGCAAGGAACUCACUGAUACUAAGAGUCCAGUGCCUUUCCCUGUCUUCCUGCCGGUCAACUAUGAGGUACGGGACGCCGACUACCUCUUCCUGAAGGAGGCUGGGCAGGACUUCAUGAGGAACUCCAGCAUGCAGAGUCACACGCAGCCCUUCGUUCUUUUAAGAGCCAGCCGUCAGCCAGCUGUCAAUGCCAGCUACGGUCCCGUGUCCACAGAGAGACUCGUGCCUCUGGAUCUGGUGCAGUCGGUGCAGCUCUUCAACGCCCCAGAUGUCUUCACAUUCAACUGGAAAAUCCAGGCCUUCGUGCUGACGCCUCGGGUUUUCUCCUCCAAACCCAAAGUCCGGGUGCUCUUCUACGUCGCAGGGAGGGAUUGGGCCAGAAGCGAGGGCGCCUUGGAUGAGCUACCAUGUGUGACGGUUUAUGCUUUCUGGCAAACGCAGGAAGUGAGGGGUUCUUGCGCCAUAGGAGGCGAGAGGGGAACUUGCAUGGCUGAGCUUCUGCCUGAGCCGGGGUGGUUUGCUGUGGGGUCAGAGGGCACCAGCAGGGAAAGGCAGGAUCCAUCUGCUGGGAACUCGGUGGAGCUGUACUACCAGGCUCAGCCCAGGGUCAACGGGAAGUGCUUUUCUGUGAACGGAAGUCGGUGGAGCAGCUCGGUGCCGCCGGCCGAAUACGUUCCCGUGACUCCCAUGCAGAGGAUCGGAAGCGUGCAGCUCCUGCAGAUUCCCAAGGGGAUGGCCACGCUGUCUCGCCUCAAGCUCGGGAACGCCAUCGUCAUCCGGACGUCGUCCAAACCUCUGAAAAAGACCGACAUCGCCACUUUCUACAUACUGAUGGCCAGCUCUGCUCAGCUGACUAACUUCACUCUCAGAGCAUCAGUAAAGAAAGGUGUGACCUUUCGAACAGCAACACCCAGCAACUCUUUACUGUGGGACAUCACGCUGGAUAUGGGAGCAGAUGGAGCCAUUGCUGUGAUUUGUCAGAGAAAGGCCCCCAUACCUGGGAAAAGACUUGAAAGCAGUCUGCUGGAGGUGCUUCAGAUGGACUUUGAGGUUGAAGAACUGAGCAGUCCCGUUGACAGCCAGGUGAUCAUAUGGAAGCUGGAGCUGCCGUCUGCACCCAAAACUGUCGCCAAGACUGAAGGAGCCAUGAGGAUUUAUACAACUCAGAGAGACUUUGUUGGCCUCGCUCCUCUUGUGAUGGACACAGAGAUCCUGAACACCGCUGUACUGACUGGAAAGAAAGUAGUGAUGCCUGUGAGGACGGUGGCUGUGGAAGAAGAUGGAUUGGUCACAGAUGUCUCUGACUACACAGACUGCAGUUCCACUGACGAAGAUGUUCUCAAGGUGUCAGACAGAUGUGACUAUGUCUUUGUGAAUGGCAAGGAGACGAAAGGCAAGGUGAAGAUGGUAGUAAACUUCAGCUACAGCUACCUGAGUGCUCAGCUCGAGCUAAACGUGUGGAUGCCUCAGCUUCCUCUGCAGAUUGAGUUGUCAGACACAGAACUGAGUCAGAUCAAAAGCUGGCGAGUUCCAAUCCUGACCUCAAAAAGAUCUGGCUGGAACAGUGAAGAGGCUGAACGGAAAGGGAAAGGCUGCAUGCUCCAACUUCAACAUGCGCUUGUGCGGGUUCUAACCCAUUUUGUGGCUGAGCAGGAAGACCCGCGGGACCCUACUGCCUAUUUCCUGGGCUCUGAUUGGCAGGUGGAUAUUACAAGGUUGGUUCGAUACUUCAUGAAGGUCGAGGACCCAAGAGUUGCAAGACUUCAGGAAGGAAGGGUGCUUUCAGGACGAGACUUUGGGACCACAAACAUCCAGGUGUUUUCUCCACUGUCAGAUGUUAUCUUGGCAAAGACAACAGUCAAAGUUGUGGAUGACAAAGUGAGCAUCACAGAGUUAGGUGUUCAAGUGGUUUCUGGACUCUCUAUGAUGUUACAACGCAGCUCAGGAAGUAGCAGGGCCAUCUUGGCUACAACAACCACACAAGAGGUUCUACAAAGCCCGAAACAGGAAGCUUUGGUCAGUUCAUGGGUCCAGUUUAGUGAUGGCAACCAGACGCCUCUUGACAUUUAUGAUCCAGCCAACUACCGAUUGACAGUGACAUCUCUUGAUCAGGGAGUGGUGUCAGUGCAGGGCAGACCUCCUCUUGUAGUGGCAGAGGGUGAGGGUGAAGGAGUCCUAGUUAGAGUAGAGAUGUCCAUCUGCGAAUCCUGCCAAAAGUCUAAACGCAAAAGUACGGUGGCUGUGGGCAACGGCAGCCUUAAGGUCAAGUUUCAGGCCAACACUCGGCGGCCAGGUGGAGCAACCCGCAGUGUAGACCGGAGCUCCGUUGGCAACAAAGACAGCAACAAUGACUAUGGCAACGAUGGGGAAGAGAUGGACGUUGAGAGAAAGCAGCGGAGGCCAUCACAGUUUCUUCCUUCGAGUAUCCCAAAUUCAAACAAAGAGGAGAGUGCUAUUCAGAAGAUCCCAACCACAAUCAGAUCUACUGUGAGAACUGUGACUAGCGGCAGUCUCGGAGGGGUGGGCAAGACAAAAGGACCAGAAAACACUGGCAGUCCAACCAGCGUAGUGAAUGUCGGCCUCGUGAGCAGCCCCAGAGAAGGCAGCAAAGUAUAUAGCUCAGACAAUAUGAUAGUGGAAGACAUGAGCAGUAUUAGUUUUACUAGCACUGUGAAAGCUCCUGGGAAUCUGGUAAACUACAACGACUUCCCCACCAAGGUGGAGAUCCCUAGACCAAAAAUGCCAGAGGUAGAAAGUGGUGAAGAAGUUUUGGCCAACAGGCCUCUCACAGACCUGGAGAUUGGCAUGUAUGCCUUGCUGGGUGUUUUUUGCCUAGCCAUCUUGGUGUUCCUAGUGAACUGCAUCUCAUAUGUUAUAAAGUUCAGGCAUAAGAAGCCUCCCUCUCAUGGCCAGGAGCCCACAGGGCAUAGGCACGACUGGGUCUGGCUCGGCACAGACGCUGAGCUGGUGAUGACUGUGCCAUGCAGUCCAGUCCAGCAAGACUCACAUACAGCGACCACGGUGAUAGACAUUGGGCCCGACAAGACUGCCUCUCUCUCCAGGAGGCCCAGUUGCCUGGCCUCCGUAACAGACUCUCCUCUCAGCUGUGCCAGCUCCCAUCGGACCAAACCCAUACAAAGCGAGUCCCUUCACUCGCCCACCAGCAAGAGAAAGCGAGUUCAGUUCACCACAUUCUCCACACUGGAGCGCCAGCAUUCGCCACACCUCUCACCCAAGGAAAACGGCCAUGGCAUCCACUGGGUUGGAAAGGAAGAGCGUAGUGGGGAGGAACCUCAAGUGCCCAUCAUAAAGCCUGGGGACCAGUUAUAACACAGAACCUGAUCAGACCUCACAUGUACAGCAGAUGUGGCUUCGAUCACCUCAAUGCCUUUGUCAAGAAAAUGGGAUUUUGUAUCAGGCCUCCUCAACAUUUCAUUGCCCAUUUAGGCCUUUUACAUGUACAUGACUUGUAUAUUGUAUAUACUUAAUAUAUGAGAGUGGAUAUAUGUGAUAAUGCUACAAAUGGCUGAGCGGAUACAUUAUUGUAUAGACAAUAUUUAAAGCCACAACAUGUUCAUGCUGCACGAGGCACCCUUGAUGCACCACACUCUAAAAAAUACUGAGGAAAAAAGAAAAGCAAAAUAUUUAAAAAUAAAACUCAAACAUGUAAAUUAACACCUACAAUACUGAGUUCAGUCAAACAAUUUUUUUUUACAUAAAAAUGACUAAUUUAAAAGAAUAAAAUGUAUAUUAUGUUCAGUUUUUUUUUCUAUUAUUAAAAACAUAAAUAACAUUCUUUGACAUUGCAUCGAAAUAAAAAGAAAACACACUGUGGGGUUGAACAAUUAUUAUAAUUUACAGUAAAAAAUGUCAGGUUGUUGAAAUGUGACCAUGAUUGAAAAGUUCAAAAUCUUUCCCACAUAUAGCACAUCACUCCUAUAAUUCAACUGAAAAGUGGGCAGCUUGGUUAGAAGGUAAAACAUUAAAAGAGUAAACAACAUGACUACAAUAGUGUGUAUUAAUAUCUUAUUGAAGCAUUUUUCAAUUGAUUUUUAUUCUUCUUCUUUGUUAGGAGUCUGCCAGCAUUCCAUAUGUUGAUUUGGAAAUUUACUCUCUUUACUUUGCAAAAAGGCUUUGCAAAUCAGUCAGAUCAGCCCUCUUCAGGUGAUUCCUGCAGAUAUACUGUGAGAUUUGCUUUGAACGACUGCUAGGCCAUUUAAAAAUAUAUUAUUUCCUCUGAUAGACUCAUCCUUUUGUUGACUUAGAUGUACACUUGGACUCGCAAAGAUCCUGACAAUAAUAAAACAUUGAAGGCUUUGGGUCAGAACUAUCAUGUUUGGAAUAGACUCAAAUGUUCGUAACCAUUCAGUCACCUUGACCAAAUCCUCUAUUCCAUCUGAAAUUCAAACUGCAGUAUGUCGCUUUAUUAUAAACUAUAUGGUUUUCAUAUAUUGUUUUAAAACAGUCUAUGUCGCGACAGCAUGAGACACAAGAACUGAGCUCCUCCGCAUUCUAGCUGUGGUUCUACUGCCAUCUGCAGAAACACACCGCUCGACAAGAAACAACCAAUCAGAGCCAGGAGGAAGGUGUUAGUGUGGUCAAUCAAGUUCGUGUACGCACUCCUCACACCCUUCCCUUUGCACUGUUGCUAACUUAGCGACUUUGUUGUUAUAUUUAGCGACUUAUCAGCUCCUUUUUCUUUUUAAGCGACUAACGACACAUGGAGCAACUUUUUUCUGUGUUAACGGAGACUUUUAUGACAACAUGUGAAAGCACCAAUCUUACUAGUUACAGCAAGAAGAGAGCCAACCUUCGCACAGCCAAAGGACUUACAGGUAGUCAGUCUGACAGCAGCAGCCUUGUCAUGCAGCAAACAGCCUUCAAACAGGGCAGAAAGGAGAACCGUCCCACUCAUUGUAAAUCACGCAUAUUGUGAUCCCACUCUGGAUAUAAGAAUGAUGCAAAUAUUUUUGAUCUAGCCUAAUGUUUUUUUGCUCUUUCAUAUGAUGAAAUAAAUAACAAAAAACUGAUUGUUUAUGUAAGUUACAUACUGCAGCUUUAAAUUACCCCAAAGACUGAGACUCUCCGAACCAUAAUUCACUGUGAUAAGCUAUUCUUUAGGAAUUAUUGACCCAAAGUUCAAGUUAUGUUUUACUAGGCUAGAACAGUAUUUUGCAAAGUCAUGGGAGAUUUCAGUAAUUUGGAAGAACAACCAUAUUCUUUAGCUCAGACAAAUGGAGAAUUCAGGUGAUUGUCACAUCUAGAAAGCUACUAUUAAUCUGAAUGUUCUGUAGCUUCUUCAGUAUUGUUGUUGGCCUCUUCUCAUCCCCCCUGGCCAAUUUUAUUCUUCCAAUGCUUCUUCUACAAUAAGUGAUAAAGACCUUUACUGUGUCAUAUGGUAUUUACAAAGUUGUGGAUUUCAGUUUUUUGCACAUUUCUGCCAAUCUGCAAAUGACCAUGUCAGGAAAACCUUAUUUGGGAAGCUGAACUUUAUUUUAGGUUGAUGAAAUUCACUAGCAGGUCUAAAAUAAAGACGAUUGAAUUUUUCCAAACAGGUUAA